AAGACAAAGAGGGAAAAACAAAGAGAAGCGAAAAUCUCUGGUUAAGGUUAGUUGAGAAUCUUUAUCAUCUUUGGUUUGUUUAUUUUUCUUUUUUUUCUUAAUUGUUGAUCAACUAAUUAAUUGUGUGUUUAUCUAAUUAUUUUGGCCAUCGAAAGAAUUGAUCAGUUGAUUGUCGACCAUUUAUCCUGAAAUAUUACAUGGAAAGCUCACAUUUCGGUGAAUGAACCUGUUAUUGUUUACCUUUUGUACGUGAUGUGGAUUCAACAGAGAUCAAAUAAUCAUCAUUGUUAAUGAUGAUGAUUUAGUUGACAUCUUGGAAAAGGAUCUCAAGUCAAUUUUUCUUUUCUCCUCUCUCUCUCUCUCUCUCUUCCUCAUUAGCUAACAAUUUAUUUUCUUAUUGUGAUAUUAUCGUGAAUUUUCAAUACCUUUCGUAAAGUCUGAAGGAUCAGAACAAAAAGUGAAAAAAUAGUAAUAAAUCAACAAGUGAUAUUGCGACAAUGGAACCAAUCUUUGAUUCUACUCCAACUACUGCUAAACAGAUCAGCGAUUUAUUUAGUAAUCCUGUUAAUAGUGAUUCACCAUCAUCAAGUAAUGAUAAACGAAUGGAAUCAACAUCAAUCGAUCAACGAGUAUUGGAUCAAUAUGCUCUAAUUAAACCAGACCCAGAGACCUACAGCUCUCUUGUUAAUCAUAUCAAUUCAAAAUUGUUCAAUGGAAAUGGUGAAACUUUAUACCAAAUUGGUGUGAAUGAACGUGGCGAUAAUGGAUUAACCGAGGACGAAAUGAUCGAAUCAGUUGCUACACUAUCAAGAAUUUCCGCUGAAUUAAAUGCUGAUUAUGUUCUGUUAAGAUCUAAAACAUUACCAAAUGGUAAACAAAUCGGUGAUUAUCUUAUUCGAGAAAGAGCUCAAACAAAUGAUUUCCACGAGGUGAGAGUCGCUGUCGUGGGUAAUGUAGAUGCUGGUAAAAGUACUCUUCUUGGUGUAUUGACACACGGGGAAUUGGACAAUGGCCGUGGACUUGCUAGGCAACGUUUAUUUCGUCAUAAACACGAAAUGGAAUCAGGUCGAACCUCAUCCGUUGGAAAUGAUAUCCUUGGUUUUGAUAGUAAAGGAGCAAUAGUUAAUUCAGCUGAUGCUCAUGCUGGUCAUCUUGAUUGGGUUAAAAUCUGUGAGGCUUCAUCUAAAGUGAUUACAUUCAUCGAUUUAGCUGGACAUGAGAGAUACUUGAAAACAACGAUAUUUGGUAUGACCGGACAUGCACCUGAUUACACUAUGCUUAUGGUUGGUGCUAAUGCUGGUGUUGUCGGUAUGACCAAAGAGCAUCUUGGUUUGGCUCUUGCAUUAAAUGUUCCCGUUUUCGUGGUUAUAACCAAGGUUGAUAUGUGUCCACCCAAUGUCCUUCUCAAUACUCUUAAAUUGUUACAACGUAUUCUUAAAUCUCCCGGAUGUCGUAAAAUACCUGUAAUGGUUGGUAGCGAGGACGAUGUUGUCUUAGCUGCUUGUAAUUUUGCUACUGAAAGAUUAUGUCCAAUAUUUCAAGUUUCCAAUGUUACUGGAUUCAACCUCGAACUUCUGAAGAUGUUUAUGAAUCUUCUUAUGCCACGAAGUCCAAAUUAUGAUAACGAACAAGCAGAAUUUCAAAUUGAUGAUACUUAUUCUGUUCCGGGAGUUGGUACCGUUGUUUCAGGACUUUGCAUCAAAGGAGUGAUUCGUGUUAAUGACGUUCUUUAUCUUGGUCCAGAUUCACUGGGUAAAUUUACCGCAGUGGCCAUUAAGUCAAUUCAUCGUAAACGAAUGCCUGUAAAAGAAGUGAGAAGUGGACAGACUGCAAGUUUCGCAUUGAAAAAGAUGAAACGUUCAGAUACUCGUAAGGGAAUGUUUCUUUUAGCACCUAGUCUAAAUCCUCAAGCUUACUGGGAAUUUGAAGGAGAAAUUCUGGUUCUUCAUCAUCCGACGACAAUUAGUCCCCGUUAUCAAGCAAUGGUUCAUUGUGGAAGCAUUCGCCAAACAGCAACUAUCAUCCGAAUGACCAGAGACUGUUUAAGAACGGGUGACAAGGCCGGUGUCCUGUUCCGUUUCAUUAAAAACCCUGAAUAUCUAAGAGUUGGACAGAAAAUGGUUUUCCGUGAAGGAAGAACCAAAGCAAUCGGCAAUAUCGUGAGGCUGAUCCCAGACGCUUCUCCAAACAUUGUUAAUAAAUCGAAGACGAAAAAAAUGGUUCGACAAGUUAAAAAUGCCGAAGAUGAACAAUCGGAAGAGAGAAGUGGUAGCAGGAGGAAAGGAAGACAUAGGAACUUUUACCCUGAAAAUGAACCAGAAUCAACGUCUGAAACCAAUAAUGUUCAAUAAUUUUCAUAUCCGAUAAAACAAAAAUAGUCAAUGGGAUGAACCUUGAAAAUUGACAGAGACAAAAUCAACAACAAUUAACACCAAUUUAACGAUUGAAUUUAUUUUGCAGUUUAUUUAAUGGGAAUAAUUAUUUUUUUCGCAUACUCUAAUAAUCAACCUAUAUGGACAAAACAAUUGGAACCACUUUCAAUAUGAUUUAAAUUAAUCAUUUCAUAAAAAUUACGUCGAAAAUUACCUAAUUAAAGGAUUCAAAAAGGUUACACGAUAUGUGAUCUGUCAUCUCCUAUCAUUUAACCAUUUAUUGGUUAUCACAAUUUAACUUUGAACAAUGAAAUUUAAAAAUAGACUCACAAUCUAAUCAUGAAUAUUCAUCUUCACAAUUAACCUAUUCUCAUGUAAUAUCUAACGUUAUUGACCAUAAAUAUGAUUCGACUCGAACUCAUUUCUCAUGAUAAUUUUCAAAUACAAUCUAUUUGUGCCUCAACAAACCAACACUCAUUAAUUUGUGUUCCCUUGAUUAAUGAUAAUGAUACAAUUAAAGUAAUCAUCUUUUCCAUAAUUUAAA